AUGAUCAUUUACAAGGAUAUCAUCUCUGGAGACGAGGUUCUCUCUGACAACUUCAAGAUCAAGGAGGUCGACGGUGUCCUCUACGAGUGCGACUGCCGCAAGUACCUCAAGCGGAAGAACGAGGACGUCCAGCUCGAGGGUGCUAACCCCUCCGCUGAGGGUGGUGAUGAGGAUGCCGGCGGUGAGGGUGAGGAGGUCAUGGUUCACGACAUUGAGGAUCAGUUCCGUCUCGUUUGGCUGAAGACCGAGGAGGGCAUGAAGCCUUCCAAGGAUGCCUUCAAGAGCCACCUGAAGGUCUACAUGAAGAAGGUUCUCGGCAAGCUUCAGGAGAAGGGUGCUCCCGAGGCGGAGAUCGAGGCUUUCAAGAAGGGUGCCCCCGGCGCCGUCAAGAAGAUCCUUGCCAACUAUGACAACUACGAUGUCCUUAUGGGCCACUCCAUGGACGGUGAUGCUAUGCACGUCCUGAUUGACUUCCGUGAGGACGGUGUCACUCCCUUCGCCACUCUCUGGAAGCACGGUCUCGAGGAGAUGAAGGUUUAA